AUGGCAUCUACUACAGCAGCUGCAGCUUCGCAGCCCGCUGCACCAUCUCUCGCGCUUCCGCCAUCCCAAUUCGCCCGCCUCCAACCUCACGCCUACCUGCUCGCUCAUCUCUCACCCCCCGCAUCGAGCCAACAGCCAUCCAUUCGAGCCAAUGGCCGCGCACCCUCUCAGUUCCGCGUCACCUCCGCAAACACCGGCUCCCUAACACACACAAAUGGCAGCGCCGUUGUGCGAGUCGGCGACACCACGGCCGUCUGCGGCGUCAAAGCGGAGAUCCUACACACCGAAGACAUCGCCUCAUGGAGCGUCUCGCACUCCUCCUCCUCUCCAUCCAAUAAGCGUCGGAAACUGACGAACCCAACCGAGAAGCCUGGCGAGGACCGCGAAGACGGAUCAAAAGACGACGAAGAUGACGAUAACUCCUACAUCGAAGACUUCAGCUUACUCGUGCCCAACCUUUCCCUGAGCACCGGGUGCGCACCAGGAUUCAUCCCCGGCGCCCCGCCUUCUGCACUCGCACAAUCACUAUCACAUCAGAUCCUCUCGUUACUGCAUAGCUCGCGGCUAGUCCGUGCGGAGGACUUGGAGAUUUGGUACCAGCGGCCGAACUUCGGAGCGGAAGAGCUGGAGCGCCAUAAUGAGGGUGAACAGAUGGAUGUGGAUGCUGGGCCGGAGGCUGAGGAGGCUAACCUUGAGGCGCGCGAGAUCAAGGCCUUCUGGGUUCUCUACAUCGAUAUCAUGAUUAUUUCGCUCGCAGGGAAUCCGUUCGAUGCGGCGUGGACGGCUGUUUUGGCUGCGCUCCGGGAUACGAAAUUGCCGCGCGCCUGGUGGGAUGUUGAUAAUGAGACCGUGGUAUGCUCGGACCUUGUUUCGGAAGCUCGCAAGCUGUCGCUGCGAGGAUUGCCUGUUGCUAGCUCGUUUGGUGUUUUUGAAGCAGAUGCGGCGGCGGGUUGGAGAGCGGUUGUUAUUCCUGAUGCUGAGGAGGAGAGGAAGUUGGCGGAGAGUGAGAGGAAGGGGAUUCAACGGAGAUGGAUUUUGGCAGACCCUGAUGGAUAUGAAGAAGGGUUGACUCAAGAGAGGGUGUCUCUGGUCGUGGAUAAGACCUCAAAUGGCAAGGUCAAACUACUAAAGAUGGAGAAGAACGGCGGGUUUGCAGUGGAUAGGAAAGAGUUGAAAGAUCUAGUGGACAUAUCGGCUCGAAGGUGGGACGAUAUCAACCAGAUUCUUCAGCGAUGUUGA